UUCCAGUUGCUUAAAUUGGAAAAUUUACUGCGAUGAUCAUUCUUCACUUUCAAAAGCUUAUUCUGUUUUGCUGAGUAAUAAAGCGUUUGUAAACAGUGAUUUUCAGAUGACCAUGCAUGGCUUUCCUUUGUUUUUAACGAAAAAAUAGGAUAUUGUGGCCUAGGUGAACUGGCGAGAGCUUUGUAAAUAUUAUGAUGCCAGAGAACUGGAAAAUAAUUAAACCAGGUUAUGUAAAUUAAUACGGACAGGGUUAUUGAUGUUCCAGACAAUUUUUUUUCUUGCAUGCUAAAUACCAGGCUGUUGGUUUGUAUCUGUGUUAAUAAUAAUUAUAAUAAGGUGCCUCGAUUGCUUGCGCCAAGACAAUAACCUUUUCAUUUCCCUGCUGUUUCUCCUUUAUCCAGUCACCGCAUGAUGGAGUAGACUCUUUCCCUUUAAUUGCCAUCAUGGCAUUUUACCUCAAUUGUAAAUUUAAAUGACUUCUAUGCUAAUGAUGUGACCUUUUCGACGCCCGUGCCUUUCGAGGAACACCGUCGCCGAUCAGCCUACAUGUUAGAAAAUUUUCAGGCGAAAUUUCAAAACACCGCUUCUUCGAAUCAUCAUUUUGACGAUCACGAACAUAAACUAACAACUUUAAAGGAAUUUUGCAUGAUGUAGCAACAGAAACCCCAUCAUUAACGAGAUUGGAAUUUAAACAGCUGAAUUCGGAUCCUUCUCGCUAGAAACCUCAGCAUUCAGAAUGAAUAGUGUUACUUUAGUCUUAGUGAUCGGCUUCUUGGUUGGCUCCGAGUUAUGGCUCGUCCAAAGUGAAAAUCUUCAGACUGAUACAACUCACCAAUCCCGAGUUGCUCGCCAAGCCCCUGGAACAAGGUCACAUGCUCAAACUCGUCAUGCCCGUCAAUCUCAUCUGCCCAGCUGUGGGUACACCAUCGCUCUGCUAGACUUUCCACCUUACAUCAUUAACACAAGCUCAACGGGAGGCUUUAUGUGCGAUAAAAUACGUUGGUUUGUAAAUAAGGAGUGCUUUGAUGAAGACAAACCUAAGGAUCAUGUAUGCAACAUGGAGCGCAGACUUGUUCAAAAUUCGGACGAGAUGGUGGAGCUGAUCAAAAACAAGAGCGUAGAUUUUGCUUUUCCCAUUCAAGCGGACGCCAAGGCAGCCCUUAAGGAAGAAGCCAACGUGACGCUCAUCCGAGGAUUUGUAUCACCUGGGUGUUCACUGAUUGUGAACACAAAACAGUGUGAGGAAGGGUCGCGGGCACAGUUACUGACUUCUAUUACGUCACAAUGGCCGAUCCUAGCUUGUAUUAUACUGUUAUCGGGGAUUUCUGGAGUUGUUAUCUGGCUAUUGGAACACAGAACAAACAGAAGACAGUUUUCACCCUCGUUUACAGCCGGCUCACCUGAGGGGUUUUGGUGGGCUGUGGUCUCACUUACGACAGUAGGGUACGGUGACAAAAUCCCAAAGUCCUCCCUCGGACGCUUGUUCGGUGUAAUCUGGAUCUUUGUGGGAGCGAUCAUGCUGUCAAUGUUCACUGCUAUGGCUACGAAUGCCAUGAAUACAGCUCUUGAUGGCACAAUAUGCAAAGAUAUUGAUGGUAAAGAGGUGGGUGUUACAAAAUCACAAGAAUAAUCUUGAUAUCACAGUCAAACCAAAUUUCAAUAGAAGAACUAUACUUUUUUUUACUAUGGCUAUUUAGUCACGCACGUCUUAGUUUACUUAGCUAUAGUUGUCAUUGUAUAUCGCUUUCAAUAUAUCAAUUUAUUAAACGGCUAGCUCCGCGAGCAGGCAAGAUGAAUCAAAUCAGUCCCGCGCUGUGAUUGGCUACCCGAGCGGGUAAGAUGGAGCUAUCUUGCCCGGUCGGGACUACCCGCCGUGUCCCGCAAGAAAAAUUUCUCCGAAAGGCAUAUAAUAAAUUCCUUAUUGACCAAGCUUGUUCGGUCAAG